AUGGUAACAAUAGCGAUAACAAUGUAUAAUUAUUAUAGUCGUGAGUUUUCCCCUCGAGAAAGCCGUGGACAUUGGUGCGGAGGAAAAACGGCCGAGAAAAAGAACCGCGACUCGUCGGCGACGAGUUUUUCGGUGGCCGUCAACAAGUGGCGAGCGGACGGUCGAGCAGGUGAUGGAGGUGAUGGUGACGACGAUGGCGGCGGUGACGGAGCGACUACGUGGUUCGGACACCGCGGAAGACCGGCGGCGGUGACGAGAUGUCGCAUGGUUCCGCGACCCGGAAGACGAACGGGAAGUAACGCGAGAACGGUGCGACGGCGACUCGCGACCGGUGCGGUGUGCGUGCGCGCGGCGAAACGGCCCCCAGCUGUCUGCGGGCACGGAGCGCCGGUUUGCGUAUUAUUAUUAUUAUUUUCGUAA